AUGCACGCCAAAUUGCUGGGUAUCUCCACCCCUGAAAAGGGGCGACCGCAGGAGAUGGACAUGUACGUUCCUGAUGAGGAGGUUGACUGGACGAGCGAUGCGUACAAUCGGCUAUAUGGCGAGCGGCCGCCACAAAACAGGUCUUAUAACUGCACUUAUCAUCGUUUCAGCACGGCAUGCUUCUCCGCUUUUUUAAUUCUCCUGGGUGCCGCUAUGUCUGCUGUCAUUGCCGUUGGGGGGAGCAAAUCAAAGGAAUUGAAUUUCUGUCAUGACUGCAAAACUUUGAUUCUUUUUCUGCUAGUUCCCGGAAUAUUCUUUGUGAUUAUGGGAAUUGUGGGCGCAGUCUCGGCAUGGCGAGAGACAAAACUUUGUUCUGCAUUAUUCUCUCUGCUUCUUGUAAUAGCGGCCUUUUUGGUUCUUGGGACAGGUGUGACGGUUGUGAUCGCGUACACUCAAGUGGUUACGUCCGAUGACUCCUUGGCUCUUUACUGGGAGCGAGCUGUGUCGAAUGCCCCAAGCAGAAUAUGCGACCUGCAAUGUUGGCUACAUUGCUCGGGUUUUGCCUCUACUCACUGUUGUGUCAGCAACGUGACGGCAGAGCGUUUGCCCGAUGUCUCCCCCUGCUAUUUGCUCGCUGAGGACGGAGUGACAACGCUUGACCCGAAUACACUACAGCCUGUUUCUUGGCCAUCGCUCACAUGUGCACCCAGGUGCAAUUCAUCGAACAUUUACAACGCCACAUGCAAGGAACCACUUCAAGAAUUCUUCAUGAACUUUUUUCCUCUCACAACUGGAGGGCUUUUUGCCCUUGGAUUAGUGUUCCUUGGCUUUGCGUCUCUUGCCGUGUAUCGUAUUACUGUCACAGGAGGGAGAACUUCUUACCUCCGUUACGAAUAUUGA